UUGAGCGACAGGAAGGAAGCGAAGUGGGUUAUUUCGGGCUGCAGUUGGCUGCUCGGGGCAAAGCUCGACUCUCGCACUGAUAGCAGCCCCUCGUGAACAAUGGGGUCGUGGGGCCCUUCCCAGCAGGAAAACGGCUCGUUCCGGUGAAAUCCGCUGCUGCUGCUGACUCAGCAGGUCCUGGCAGGCCGAGUGUGGUGUGGAGGUGCCGGGGGAACCGGCCUGGCACAGCGGGAGCCAGCAGGAGAGAUGGACACCUUCAGCACCAAGAACUUGGCCCUGCAGGCCCAGAAGAAGCUCCUGAGCAAAAUGGCCACCAAGACCAUCGCCAACGCCUUCAUCGACGACACCAGCAGCGAGAUCCUGGACGAGCUGUACCGGGCCACCAAGGAGUACACCCGCAACCGCAAAGAGGCCCAGAAGAUCAUCAAAAACCUCAUCAAGAUCGUGAUGAAGCUGGGGGUUCUGUACCGCAACGGGCAGUUCAGCCCCGAGGAGCUGCUGGUCAUGGAGCGCUUCCGCAAGAAGGUUCACACCUUGGCCAUGACGGCCGUCAGCUUCCACCAGAUAGACUUCACCUUCGACCGCAGGGUCAUGUCCAGCGUCCUCACCGAGUGCCGGGACCUGCUGCACCAGGCAGUCAACGGGCACCUGACGGCCAAGUCCCACUCGCGCAUCAACCACGUCUUCAACCACUUUGCGGACUACGAGUUCCUGUCGGCGCUGUACGGCCCGGCCGAGCCCUACCGCACCCACCUCAAGAGGAUCUGCGAAGGGGUCAACAAGAUGCUGGAGGAGGACAACAUCUGAGGGUGGCCCAGGUGGGCUCUUGGCAGCUGGACUCUGCCCCCGGUGAGGCCGAAAUGCGACGUCUGCUUUGACCUUCACCGGGCUCGCCAUCCCCUCUUCCUCUCUGCAGCGCUCACUCGUGUUCUCCUCGCUUCUCCAAGACACUGAACCUCCUGACUUUGUCUCCCCCUUGCCCAGGGUCUGCAAACCCCUCCCUGUGCUGGGCCCAGCCCUCCCCAGGGCAUCCUGGGGUGCAGGAUCCUGCUGGACAGUUUGAUUUCCUUUGCCCACCAAGUGCCUUUAGCUCAGAGUCCAAGGAUUUGGACUCUUUGCCUUGAACUCUGUUGUUGUAACCCUCUAGGGGAAAACUGAACCAAAGACUCGCGGUGUGAAGCACCUGUGAGGUGUCUCUGAGCAGGUGGGACGGUUGAGGUGAACAGUUUGAGACUCCAUGACUGGAGGGCUGUGGAAUUCUGUGCUUUUCUUCCAGCAGCUCCACAACGUGAUGGGAGCAAAUCCUGCUCUGGACUUGCGCUGCCUCAGGCAGGAAGAUGCUUCUGCACAGGCUUUGGUGUCCUCAAAGACAAGUCCCUGAGAGCAGGAGGAUCCUUCCUUGCCUGGGGGAGGGCUGGGGCAGCUGCUCCUGCCCUGGAUCCCGGGAGCUGCCCGACACCCAACUCCCACCCCCGGUGCCACCUGGCAGCUCCCGCGCUGCCCUUGCUGGUCACCCAAAGCUCCCCUGGGAUUCCAUCCCUUUUCCACGCCCUUGACUGAGUGAUGUUGGUUUUUAGCAAACUCUGUAGCCCUGAUGAGUUAUUUCAAUAAACUCACCUGUGUGGCCUGGGAGCUCCG